AUUAGAAUUCUACUUUACUAAAGAAGGAUUUGAAUACUUCCUCCACCACUUCCAGAUUAGAAUUUGUGCGCAUGCUCAUACAUUAGUAUGUUGGAGCUGGUAAACCUGAAGCUUAUUUCAACCACAUUAUUGUUAUCCUAAUCCUAAUAAUUAGUUGAUUUGUAUUGUAAUAAUGAUCUCAAUCUGCAAACUAAUGUGAUACGUAAAUACCGGUUUCCGAACUUUUCAAAAAGUAAGAAGUAGCAUGAAAUGGAAAUACUCAAGUAAAGUAACUCAGAAGUGUUGUGUGUUGUUACUUGUACUGAAUUGUACAGUACAGUAUUCGUGACAUUAUAGCUACAGACUGCUAUGGUUUAAUUCAAAAUUAAAAGUUGUAGUUGUUCACAAUAAAGUGCGCUGCAAAAUAUCGUUGCAUGUCUGGUUAUCUGAAUCACAGUCCUGCCUUGUCUGUAGCUUAUCUUUUGUUUUUUUUUAUUAAAUAUCCACAUCUCCCUCUCUGGUCUGCGGUCUCUUUAAAUCCAGAUCCAGUGGACGAGAGCUGCGCGUCCUCUCUUAGUUCUCUGGCCGCUGUGAUUCUCCGCACUCGGGCUGAUAAACAGCUGCUUACUAUUUAGGGCACUUAAAAGUUUUCUCAAAAACUCCUCCAUUCGGGAUUUUUUGUGUGUACCACGCCGUGUGUCCGUGGAUGUUCGGAUAUAGAAAGUCUGCGCCGCUGGAAGUUCAGCUACGGAGUCUAGGUUUUUUUUUUUUUGCGUAAUGCUGAGUCGUCCUCCGUUCAACAUCUGGAUUAACUAUUUGGAGUCAGAGCUAACGGCCCUGCACCAAACUCUGACUGUCUAGCCUGUCUUCAUGGAAAGACUGCCCUUUUCCUCUGGAAUUUAACUCAUUUUGAUAAGCUUUGCGCGUAGAUUAUGUAUUCUUUAAAAUGGGUGCGAACAAUGGAAAACAGUAUGGAAGCGAGGGUAAAGGGAGCUCAAGCAUCUCUUCUGACAUAAGUUCGAGCACAGAUCACACACCAACUAAAGCUCCAAAGAAUGUGGCUACCACCGAAGGUUUAGACUCCAGCACACGGACUCUGAGCACCCCUAGCCCUGGUCUUAUCCUGCCAUCCAAGUCCUCCUCCCUCUCCUCACCUGCCCUCUCCAGUAACGGCCAUGAGACCAACUCCUCUUCCUCGUCCUCUGCCCCCGCCGAGACUGUUGCCGUGGUUCACCCUCAACCUGGCACUCAUACGCGCUCCCGCCAGUCGAAAAGCCACCACCACGCGCCCAUUGACCUACUCCCUGACCAAACCCUUCUGCAGAUCUUUUCCCAUCUCCCCACCAAUCAGUUGUGCCGCUGCGCACGCGUAUGUCGCCGCUGGUAUAACCUGGCAUGGGACCCGAGGCUUUGGAGCACCAUCCGGCUAACAGGAGAGCUGCUUCAUGUCGACCGUGCCAUCAGGGUUCUGACCCACCGGUUGUGCCAGGACACUCCAAACGUGUGUCUGACCCUGGAGACGGUGAUGGUGAAUGGCUGCAAAAGGCUCACUGACCGGGGGCUGCAUGUGGUGGCUCAGUGUUGCCCGGAGCUACGUCGCCUGGAGGUUGCUGGCUGCUAUAACAUCUCUAAUGAUGCUGUGUUUGAGGUGGUGUCCCGCUGUCCCAACCUGGAACACCUGAACCUUUCAGGCUGCUCCAAGGUGACAUGUAUCAGCCUCACCCAAGAGGCCUCACUCCAGCUGUCCCCUCUACAUGGACAGCAGAUCUCCAUUCACUAUCUGGACAUGACCGAUUGUUUCUCCCUCGAGGAUGAGGGCUUGCGAACUAUCGCCUCCCACUGUCCCCGCCUAACACAUCUGUAUUUGCGCCGCUGCACCAGACUGACAGAUGAAGCCUUGCGCCACCUGGCUCUUCACUGCCCUUCAAUAAGGGAGCUUAGUCUAAGUGACUGCCGCUUGGUAGGGGAUUUUGGCCUUCGUGAAGUCGCCCGCCUGGAGGGCUGCCUUCGCUACCUAAGCGUGGCCCACUGCACCCGCAUAACUGAUGUGGGCAUGCGCUAUGUGGCUCGCUACUGCCCAAGACUGCGCUACUUGAAUGCGAGGGGUUGUGAAGGCCUGACAGACCACGGUCUGAGCCACUUGGCAAGGAGCUGCCCCAAACUCAAGUCUCUGGAUGUGGGUAAGUGUCCGCUUGUGUCGGACAGUGGGCUGGAGCAGCUGGCCAUGUACUGCCAAGGCCUGAGGCGAGUGAGUCUCAGAGCCUGUGAGAGUGUAACAGGCAGAGGACUCAAAGCUCUGGCAGCCAAUUGCUGCGAGCUGCAGCUGCUCAACGUGCAGGACUGCGAGGUGUCACCAGAGGCUCUGCGGUUUGUUAGACGCCACUGCCGGCGCUGCAUCAUCGAGCACACAAACCCUGCUUUCUACUGAGAUGGGGAUUUCUUAGGCUGGUUCUCUGACAGUUGGAAGUUCUAAUAUUCCUGCUCUGGAGUUGGCAGAGUUCAGCAGCUGGCGUGUCAGAACUAGCUGAAACUGGUGUGCAAUACUGGCCAGAAUUUGUCUCUUUAAAUCGGCUUGUUGGCUCUCAAUGCUGUCUUUUGAAAAUACUUCCACAGAAUGUAUUUAACAUAUUUAUCUGUAAAAAGGCAGAGAAGUACAGUAUUUCAAUGUAAUACUUCUUCAACAUCACAAUCUAAGAACAUGCUACAACACUGAGCACUGGGUACAGUUGUGUUACCAUUUUAAAGCAUUGUAAUAUAUUUUAGUUUGAAGGUCAACAUCACCUUGAGGCCCUAAAUCAUAACCAUUAUCAUACAUUAUUGCAUCUAUUUAUAAACAGCAAGUAUCUUCAGACUAAACCACUAAGAAUGUAGCUAGAAAGCAGCAACUAAAGCAGAUCUGGUUAUUUAAAGUAUUCUGAGUUUCAUUUUUCUUUAUUGUGCGUGCAUAUGCACUUUAUGUAACUGUGCUGAUAAUCACUUCAGCUGAGCUCAACGUGUCAUUAUUUUGUCAACAGAUUUCUUGUAAAUUAAAAGUUACUAUUUGCCAAAGAAUUUGUACUGCCAAACAGAAACAAACUGUUAUGGGAUCAUGUUGAAAAUAAACAAGAACACAUUGCUGCUACGACUGUGCCAAUAAAUUUCUUCAAAAUCCGCCUCCACGGCUCUGAGC